AUGUCUUUCUGCUAAUCUAUCCUUAUUAUAAACUCAUUCAGCUCUUCAUUAAAUUUUCUCGAGAAAAUUCCCGAUUUUUUCUCGGGAAAAUCUCCUACCGACUUUCUUUUUAUCCGUUUAUCACUCCGUCUCUGUUUCUGGAUAGAUUCUCUGCGCCCGAAUCGAUGACCUAAGCUUCUCGGAUGGUGAUCCAGCUUUCAAUCUAGUAUAUGGGUACAUGCAUGCUGUAGAGUUUACUGUGGAUUUGCUUUCUUGCUCUGAAAAAUUAGUGUCAAGCAAUUCGGAAGAUCUUCCUUCUGCAUAGGACUAACAUGUCAGGCCUAGAAGGGCUGGGAGCUUGUGAUGAAAUUCGAGAUAGAAGGUCAGACUUUGAGAAUUCUGAAGAGGAGCGACGACGCUCAAGGAUUUGCAACCUCAAGAAGAAGGCGAUAAAUGCUUCAAGCAAGUUUACUCACUCUCUUAAGAAAAGGGGAAAAAGGAAAAUCGAUUACCGGGUUCCAUCAGUUUCCAUAGAAGAUGUACGUGAUGAAAAAGAGGAGAGUGCUGUCCAAGAAUUGCGUCAAAGACUCCUUGACAUGGACUUGUUGCCAGCGAGGCAUGAUGACUACCAUACUUUGUUGAGAUUUUUGAAAGCUAGAGACCUUAACAUUGAAAAAACAAUCCAUUUGUGGGAAGAAAUGCUUAAAUGGAGAAAAGAAUUUGGAACAGACACCAUUUUGGAGGAUUUUGAAUUUGAAGAGCUCGAUGAAGUAUUGCAAUAUUACCCUCAAGGGUACCAUGGGGUUGAUAAAGAAGGCAGACCGGUUUACAUAGAAAGGCUAGGAAAAGCUCAUCCAAGUAGGCUUAUGCAAAUCACCAGUAUAGAGCGAUACUUAAAGUAUCAUGUCCAAGAAUUUGAGAGAGCUCUACAGGAGAAAUUCCCUGCUUGUUCAAUUGCAGCGAAGAGACAAAUCUGUUCAACAACAACUAUACUUGAUGUACAAGGCUUGGGCAUGAAAAAUUUCACCAGGACUGCUGCGAAUCUCUUGGGUGCUAUGACAAAGAUAGACACCAAUUACUACCCUGAGACAUUACACCGAAUGUACAUUGUCAAUGCUGGCCCUGGCUUUAAGAAGAUGCUUUGGCCUGCUGCACAGAAAUUUCUUGAUGUAAAGACUAUUUCAAAGAUACAGGUUCUGGAACCCAAAUCUCUGUCUAAACUACUGGAAGUCAUUGAUUCAAGUCAGUUGCCAGAUUUCCUGGGCGGAUCAUGUACAUGUUCUACUGAAGGAGGCUGCCUUAAGUCUAAUAAAGGUCCAUGGAAUGACAUAGAGAUAAUGAAGCUUCUGCAUGCUGCUGAAGCAACAUUUGUGAGGGAAAUCACCAGAGUGUCUAAUGAACAGCAGAAACUUGACUCUUAUAUUCAAAUAAGCCCACUGAAGGGCAGAACAAGUGAUACAUCAAUUGCAGAAUCGGCGUCAGAUAAUGAUGAUCCAAGUUCUUCGCUGGGACGAAGGAGUUCUACGUUUCCUCCUUUGGAUGCAGUUAAUGAAGAAGCAUCAGAUCCAAAUGCUUACUACAGCUGUGAUGAUAAUUUGCCUCUGGUUGAGAAAGCUGUAACAAGUGAUCAAGGAGUGGGACAUCGUCAGGGUCAAUCACUUAAUCAUAGCAUGGAAAAUGUUUUUCGUGAGGCAACAUCAAAUUCAGAAGGUAGUUCAGUUGACUUUCGGCAUGACAUUGUUAAGGACCAAAUUGAGAGGAGGGACUUCUCUCGUGUGGCAAGAAUGCUGAUAUCUUUCCUGGUCAGAGUACUACCAUUUUCUCAUAUUCUACGAUUUGAAUUUUGGGGAAGGAAGAACAACAUUUACCCAUCUAAUUUGGUGGAAAGCAACACACAUAGCCAGUCACCAACACCUGAAGCUGUGAAUGAAGAAGACUAUGUCCUCCCAUGUUUACAGCGUCUUCAACAGCUAGAAAAGGUAUACGAGGACCUUAACAACAAGCCUGCUGCGAUUCCUUUAGAGAAGGAGCGAAUGUUGAUGGACUCUUUGGACAGGAUAAAGUCUGUUGAACAUGAUCUUGAGCAAACAAAAAGAGUACUGCAUGCUGCAGUGGUAAAGCAACUAGAGAUUGCUAGGUUGCUGGAUAAUCUGCAGGAAUCUAAAUUUCGUAAGAGACCGUUUUGUUGAACAGGUAAACGACUCAUAGUAGAACAAGCUACAUGCGUGGAUCUAUGUUAAAGAAGUAUGAUAAUAUACACACUCGGAAGAGGCAGAAGGAUAGAUUUUCUCCUCCCUCCCACCCCUUUUUUUUUCCUUCUUUUUUGAAAUUUCCUGUCUAUCAAGCUACAUGGGCUGUAACCUUUUUGCUGCUUUGAAACAGAACAGUGCAGAGAUGAACCAAAAAAAAAAAAAAAAAAAGGAAAAGAAAAAGAAUUAAUGAAAUCUUGUAUAAUUCGGCAUCACUUGUUUUCGUUUUGGAGAAAAAAAAAAUGCAAGGUCUUCUACUCUUCUUA